CAAGUUUAUCUUCUUCUUUUUAUGACAGAACAGAACUGAAGUUUUUUUAAUUUGGGAAAUUAUUGGCAGUCAAAUUGUUUGUUUUACAAACGCCCUGCUGUCAGACGGCCGCCGCACCAGUUCGGUUCAAGUUGAAGGCAAGGGAAUAUUAUUUUUAGCCAGUAGGCCACAGCUAAGUAGCAACCGUGCUCAGUCUAAAAAUUUUGUUUGGCUGUGACUGUGAAUAAAUCAAACACUUUCAUAUCAAAUCUUGAGCACCAACGAAGAAAAAAAUGCCCAUCAUUCGACUGGAGUCUGCAGACAAGGAGAUCUUCGACACGGACCAGGAGAUCGCCAAGUGCUCGGAAACGAUUCGCACGGCUCUCGAGGAUCUGGGCGAUGAGAGUGACGAAAGUGUGUUGCCCUUGCCGAAUGUUAAUUCGCUGAUCCUGAAGAAGGUGCUUCACUGGGCUACCUAUCACAAGGACGAUCCCAUGGUAACCGAAGAGGACGAAAACAAGGAGAAGCGAACGGAUGAUAUAUCAUCAUGGGACGCCGAUUUUCUCAAAGUGGACCAGGGCACCCUGUUCGAGCUCAUCCUGGCUGCAAACUAUUUGAACAUACAGGGUCUACUGGACGUCACUUGCAAAACGGUGGCCAAUAUGAUUAAGGGCAAGUCGCCGCAGGACAUCCGCGACACCUUUGCCAUCAACAACGACUUUUCGCCCCAGGAGGAGGAGCAGGUGCGCAAGGAGAACGAGUGGUGCGAGGAGAAAUAAUUUCAAGAAGCUUAAUUUCCUUUACGGGAUGCUGCAGACAAAAAUCCUAAUUGACACUUAAUUAAAAUCCCAAAUUAACACUUCAUUAUAUUACAACAAAAUUGCUUUUUUUUUUUUUUUUUGCAAAGUUACAACUUAAAUUCAUUCAUUUAUUAUCAAUAUACACGAAAUGGAAAAUGUACUUUUUUUUUUAUCCUUUUUACCUUUUAAGAGAGAAGCAGCAAAUCAGGCUUAAUUUGUAAAAAUUAAAUGUCUAUAAAUAAAAGAAGUCGACUAAAAAUGUA